ACUUCACUCUAACGCCGCUGCCUCUCUCGGCUCCUCAUUCUCCAGUGCAGGCUCUGGGUGGAAACAUGUCUUCGGCGGUGAGAGCAGGGCGGGCAGCGGCGAGCGGCAGCGUGUGCCUAUCCCCAGCAUUGGUGACACUAGUCCUCACAAUCCCAGGAAUAAUCGCCACUGUUCAAGUGUCUACACGACCUGUGCUGGAGGCAGAGAUCAAGAAAGCCAUCAGCAUUCCUUGUGUCCCGACAAUUUCCACCCCAAACACAACGAAAUACAUCCAGUGGUUUGUUAUGGAGAAGAACGUUCGCCAGCGGAUCUACUUUCAGGACAUGGAGAACAGUACUGUUGAUGCUGGCACCGACUACACGAGUCGAAUCAGCGUGGAUAAGACGUAUACGUUGACCAUCGACCCCGUCAUGCUCAGGGACGAGCGGACCUUCCACUGCCAGGUUGGUGCUGGCCCCGUGGGCAGUGGUGAGGCUGAAACCCUGCUCAAAGUUUACGCUGCUCCGGACAUGCCUGUGAUCGAGAAAAAGGCAGGGACCAUCUCGCUGUUGGAGACAGAAGCAAAGGAGAUUGCAAGUUGUGUCACCAGGAACGGCUACCCUGCCCCCAGUGUCACCUGGUAUAAAGACCGCACCCCACUUCACGCUGACCCUCAGCUGCGCAACAGGACUUCUGUGAGAUUGCAGGCCAUUGAGGAAGCCAAUGGCCUUUAUACCAUGAAGAGCGUGCUGUCGUACAUACCCGUGAAACGGGACAAAGAUGCCUUGUUUUACUGUGAGGUGAGCUACAGGAUGCCCGUAGGAAUAGACAUGAUGAAGGAGUCUGCAAAGAUCAACAUCUCCAUAAGCUAUCCACCAGAGAACGCAGAAUUUCUGAUUGACCCCAAGGUGUUGAAGGAGAUGGACAACAUGACCAUGGAGUGCCGGUCCGAUGGGACUUCCAGCGUUGAUUACACCUUCUUCAAAAUCCUGGAUGGUGAAAUGGUGCAUAUCGAGAGCACAGGUAACAAGGUGGUGAUGACAGCACUCAGUCGAAAGGACAGCGGACUUUACGGCUGUAAAGUCCUGGACCUGGAAACGUACGACGAAUUUGUUAGCAACAAGACGAUAAUGGUCCACUAUCUGGAUCCCAUCGUGUUAACCCCAAAAGGUCCCUACGUUUUCACAGAGGGUGAUAAAAACGUGCGCAUCUCUUGUGAGGCGGGAGCAUCACAACGGCCAACUGUGCGCUGGACAAAAGGCAAGAAGACAGUGGUCAGCACUGGAAAAUGGCUCAAACUGCACAUGGUUGAGUUAGAGCAUGCUGGAAACUACAGCUGUAAUGUUACCGUGCCUUCCAGCCUGAGCCGGCAGAAGACGAUCAGUAUUGUGGUCAAAGGACCGCCACACGUCAACUGUACCGCAGAGAAAUUCCAGAAGAAUGGACCCUAUGUGAACCUGACAUGCGUGUUCCGUGGUGACCCGAUACCGGUAGUCAUGUGUAAUGCACACAAGGAACCGACGUUAACGUAUCAUCUCCAAAAGAAUUACGUUGUGAGUGAGCUGAUUCUGCCCCUCCCCACGGGGGAGCUGCAACUGACCUGCAACGGCACCAACAAGCACGGCAACGAUGACUAUCUCUUCAUUGUGCAAGGAGAUGUGGCCCAAGCAAAAAGCAGUGGCGGAGUGGUGAUAGUGGUCAUCAUUGUGUGUAUUCUACUGCUCGCCAUCUUGGGGGCCAUCCUGUAUUUCCUCUACAAGAAAGGAAAGAUUCCCUGUGGUCGUUCUGGCAAACAAAGCAUCACACAAGCUGAAGUCCAUGAUAACAUUGUAGUGGAAGUGAAGAACGACCAGAAGGUUCCUGAGGAGACGGUGCUUCUGCAGGGAGUCAAUGGAGACAAGAAGCUGCCCAGCCAUCAGUGAUGGGAGAGGAAGGAAGAUGCGGACCUUCAGAGUGAAGAGGUGUCACCAGAGCUCCCACCCUGUGCCUGACUCCACAGGAAUGACUGUGACAUGAAAUCUUCUUGCCUUUGACAAAUGCUGCAUAUGCUCCUACACUGAAGCAACUCCAACCCAUUCCUUGGGAUCUUCCUUCACUGGAAACCACCAAACACCUUACUGAGAGGAACGCAUGGCCUAUCAAUCUCCACCAUCAAACAGCGUCCGGAUGUUUCCUUCAAUGUCCAUCAAUGGAAUCCAAUCUUGCUUGCAGACUCCUACACACCACUGCUACAUCACAGCAGCAGAUACAGAGACAAGAAUUCCUCAUCACAACAGGUCUCCUCAAAGAGAAAUCUCCAAACAAUGUCUUCACCAUGAAUUAGGCUGAAAUAUUAUACAAUGUUAUCGUUAACUUAGAGACUGUUACAAGAGAUGAUGUCAAUGGAUUUUUAUUGUAUUUCCUUUUUUUAAAUCAACAUGUCCAUUUUAACUCAAGUGUUUUAAACAAUUCCGAGCAGAUUACUGCCAAUCUAAGUUGCAUUGAUUUUAGUUGGUGACACAGAACAAGAAGGACAGAUUUAUUGAUUGGAGAGAAGUUUUAGUUGACUAAUUAGUUCCACGUUGCUUUGUAGAAUAAACCUUUCACUUUACAUCAGUGGUCCUCUUGCAUAUUUGCUGAGGGCAGGUUCAGUUUCUUGGGAUUAGACUAUCAACCAGACUCUGGUGUGAGGUUUACUGCCCACAAACUGCAAAUUAAACUCACCAUAGUUGGUGAUUCUUCAUCCCACGUCAGUCUGAAGUCUCAACCCCGAAACGUCACCCAUUCCUUCUCUCCAGAGAUGCUGCCUGUCCCGCUGAGUUACUCCAGCAUGUUGCGUUUAUCUUCGAUUUAAACCAGCAUCUGCAGUUCUUUCCUACACAUUGUGGUUGGUGAUUCUUCCCCAAUCAGGCUUUUCCUCCAAAUUGAAAUUCUUCAUAUUAGGAUCAGAUAUUUCUCUCAGGUGCAAAAAAUGAAAUGAGAAUGAUCUCAUCACCUUCUUUGUUCAUUCACAAACACGUCAUCAGCUGCUGUCCUCACCAGCGUAGGCAGCGCCUUGCUUCUGAUGAGUGGCUGUUCUUGCAAGUCCGUGCAUUGAAAGGUCUGUGUUUCCACACAUCCUGGGUCUAUAAUCCAUUGCCUCUUCACACACUGUCCUCAAUCAUAAGCAGUUUUAUUAAUGGAACCAUUUUAAUUUUUAUCGUGAACUUUUACUCUUGGAUAGGAAUCUGAAUUUUAUUUUUGUAUAUGUUACCGUAAGAUCGAUGGGCAAGAAUGCAGCUUUCUGAUAAGACAGUGCAAGAAUUACUGCAAAGUGUAUGUCUGCUGUACAUGUCUGCAGAAACCAUGGAGUCGAACGUUAGGUUCUCACUGUUAACGACUUAGAAACAUAGACAAUAGGUGCAGGAGUAGGCCAUUCGGCCCUUCGAGCCAGCACCGCCAUUCAAUAUGAUCAUCUAAAAUCAGUACCCCAUUCCUGCUUUUUCCCCAUAUCCCUUGAUUCCGUUAUCCCGAAGAGCGAUAUCUAACUCUCUCUUGAAAACAUCCAGUGAAUUGGUCUCCACUGCCUUCUGCGGCUGAGAAUCCCACAGGUUCACAACUUGCAGGAUACAUUCCAGGAUCAGGUCGUUCGGUCGAGAACACAGAAGAAGUUUCGGCCCAUGUGCUCGGAGGGCCCACAUUUUGUGUGCGUUGUGAUCCUGGCUUAGCUUGUUGUAUAAUAGAAUAAUUAGAGUAAACUUUGCCGAUUCCACUUGUUGCAUUUCGCAGGCCAGGUCUGCGUUAGUCAGUGACACUGAAUGUAGUAACUCGGACAAUAGAUGAGUGGGUGUAAUAUUGUGCACACAAUCCAUCUUCGGGGUCCCAUUGAUGAAUGAGGCUAUGUUACGUGUGUGCAGCUAAUUCUAAUCUCACUCUGAGUGGCCCUAAGAGGAAAUAAACAUUAUCAGCGGUGCAGCACACCAAGUUUAAUAGCCAACCAUCCAUACAUAGUUCAUUGUUGGGACUGUUGUAUUUAGUGAGGAUAGAAUGUCAGGGCAUGUGUGCUUUUGUGUGUGAGAGGAGAGAAGAAUCAGAGGGUUUGGUCGAAAUUUUUUUUUGAAAACUGAAUAUUUCUCAACUCUUCAGCCAUUGGCUUAAGCAGCUGGCAAUGCGGGAUUUAUGGAACACGAGUGAUCAGAUGAUUCUAGUUGGGUGGUGGGGUGGCGCAGCGGCAGAGUUGCUGUAUUUCAGCACCAGAGACACCGGUUCGAUCCUGACUACAGGUGCAGUCUGUACGGAGUUUGUAGGUUCUCCCUGUGUGGGUUUUCUCCGGGUGCUCCGGUUUCCUCCCACAGUCCAAAGACGUGCAGGUUUGUAGGCUAAUUGGCUUCGGUAAAAAAAGUAAAUCAUCCUUAGUGUGGGUGGGAUAGUGUUAGUGUACGGGAGAUCGCUGGUCGGCACGGAUACUGUGGGCCGAAGGGCCUGUUUCCGCGCAUAUCUCUAUACUAUACUAAACUAAACUAGAAGGAGUUGAUCUCUGGCUAAUGACUGCAGCUCAUGACAACCCUACCUGCCUCCCUCACCCAUUAGACUAUCAGACUUCACACCCUGCAGUAAUAACUUGAUUAGACUUUACUAAUGCCCUUGAAAAUUACAUCAAUGAGAUGUAACCUAUCUCUCCAUGCAUCGUCAGUCUGCUAAGAGUUCAAUACUGGGUUUGAAAAUUUAAGGAAAAGAUAGGAGCAUUGUAAAGAAUCUCUGUAUGAGAGUUGUCUCACUGACAGCAGCUCCCUGCCCACUGACCCAUUCACAAUGGAAUCUUAAAAGAUGUUAACACAUUCUAUAUCUCGCCUUGUUAACUUGCUGUUGUUUGUUACUUGUGUUGAAACAUUGCUAAGAUAUUGACGCUGCAUUCAAGUAUAAGUAGUUAAAGUUAUAUUGAAUAGGUUUCACCUGCUGCAAAUAAAUAACAGAUUCACAGACUUCCUUUAGAAAUGGAAGGGUUACUCCUGAUUGUUAUUAUCCACGUGAAUGAUGAAUGUUUGGGACUGUUCUGGGUAUGUGGGUGUGUUUUUGAUCUUGGAGUUGGUGAAGCAUCGCAGUUUUUUUUUUCGUUGGCAGCUGGCUGUCACAAUGAAUGAGGUAUCCUCACCAUGUUUAAGGUGCUGUAAACCGCAUGGCCAAGAACCACCCCCCUCCCCUCCCCUCUCCCACAGGUGCCUGUUUGCCCGAAGUGGGCGGCACGGUGGCACAGCGGUAGAGUUGCUGCCUUACAACGCCAGAGACCCGGGUUCAAUCCUGACCACUGGUGCUGUCUGUACGGAGUUUGCACGUUCUCCUGGUGACCUGCGUGGGUUUUCCCUGGAUGUUCCGGUUUCCUCCCAUACCCCAAAGACGAACAGGUUUGUAGGCUAAUUGGCUUUGGUAUAAGUGUGAAUUGUCCCUAGUGAGUGUGAGAUAGUGUUAGUGUGCGGGGAAUCACUGGUCGGUGCAGACUCACACUUGUUCCCACGCUGUAUCUCUAAACUAAACUAAGUGGCUUUUAUCAUUUCUUCCUGAGAACCUUAGUAGAGAAUGGUGGGAUGAAAACUCACGAAACUCCAAAUUAAAUACAGGUGGUUCUGGAAAACCACAUCCAACCAGGACAACAUGUUCAGCAAGUGUCACCCACCUAUUUAAGACUCAAAGGUUUAUACAGACACAUGCAAAGAACAUCUCCUCAAUCGGAUGCCAAGGCAGGAGAGCAAGGUUAGAUCAGUGGAAGGCCCAGUGGUUCUACAGGUAGAGCUGCUGCAUCACAGCGCCAGAGACCCGGGUUCGAUGUUGACCUCCCUUGCAGACUGUGUGUGGAGCUAACAGUGACUGCGUGGGUUUCCUCCCACGUCAGAGUUGGCGGGUUAAUGAGUCUGGGUAGAAUCAGUGUGAAAGUGGGAGGUUGAUGGCCGGCAUAGACUUGGUGGGCCGAAGUGCCUGUUUUUGUGCUGCAUCUCUCCCAUCACUCUACGUAGAACUGCCCAGUUUCUGGUUAGUACUGAACACAAGAAGGCAAGUCUGUUCAUUAGUGAAUGUGGCGUCUGCUCUGUUCUCUGCAGCCAGGAGCUACAAAGCCACCAUCCAUCUGCACUGUGUGUUUUAAGCAUUCUCUGUAAGUAUGAAACUUGUACUUUGGAUCAAACAUAGUGAGAGUUACAUCACUGUACUGCAACUGUAAAAAAAAAAAUGUUUUAUGCGUGAUUAUAUGCCAAAUAAAAUAUGUUGUUGCAAAUCCC